AAUGUUCAUUUGUCCCAAACAUUUUUGGAACAAAUUAUUGUGGAACUACCUACGUAUAUCAGUUGUCUCGUUUUUUUCUGAAUAAUUAACGGUUUUUUUCUUCAUUUCGUUGCAAAACAUAUAAUCGUAAUGAUAAGAUAAAAGAUAAGCGCCGUUUUCUUCAAUAUUUGAAAAGUUAUAGUUUAUCAUUAACCAUACUCCAUAGACUUAAAACUUGUUAUAAUGUUAUAUAGUUGUACUAGAAUACUGUAGUAAAUAUUAGUGUCAUUAAGAAUAAUUUCUAUCGUUAAUGUAAUUCACUAAUUCAUAACAUUUAAUGAUUUGCUGGCCUGUUGUUGUUUCCAUAAUAUUUAUUUGGAACAUUUAAUGCUAUAUAUUUAAUUUACUACGCUUUCUGAUUAAUUAAUCAUGCAAUUUUCGGUAUUUGAUGAUCAGCCAGAAACUAUUAAGAAAUUUGAAGAAGAUAUGAAAUAUGUUAAUUCCAAACUGAAAAUGAUUGACUCUAAACUAUCAUCUAUUCAUCCAAUUAACAAUGCAUAUGAUGGUAAACUUAAAGAUACAUCUAAUAUAAGUUAUUUAAAAGAUCAAGAAGAUGAAAAGAAAAUUGAAGACUUUCCUAACUCUACGGCUAAGACUUCAUACAGCGACACUAAUCAAAACAAAAACAUACCAGAUGCAAUAUCUGAAGUUACUACAGUGCCCGACCCCCACGAUGCAUUUUCAAAACUUAAAGUAUAUACUGGAUACCAAUUUGAUACGAAUAAUGUAGUCAGUAUGAAUAAUGAAAUGAUCAAGAACGACUUUGUGAAUGCGUCUACAUUGAUAAAUAAAGCAAAAAAGAAGGCCAAAGAAACUGAUUUGUAUUUAAAAAAGCUACAUGAAAAAAUAUUGCCAAGGUGUCAGUCUGCAGAUAUCACAAGUGACAUAGUUAAAAGAGAUAUUUAUGCAGAUAUUCCAUCAAAAAUCACACGGCGAUUUCAACCUGACCUUAAAGAAAAAUUAGGUAAGAAUAUCUAUACCAAUCAUGAAAAUUCAAAAAUUAUUUCGAAACCAAAGUCUGCGACACAAGAAAAACGUGUUCAUUUUAACAACUCUUCGGGAGAUUUAGGUGGAACGAACAAUCCUCAUCAAUUGAACGACUCGUCUACAUCAAUUGAACUGUUAUCAAAAGACAACUGCCGAAACGUUAGUAUAACGAAUGUGAAUUUUGAGGAUAAUAUUCCCGAUGGAAAAUAUACUAAUGACUGUAAAGUUAACAAAUUGACGGUGCAGAGAAUUCCGUGUGUUAAUUUAAAACCUGAUCUAGUUACUCAAAAAUUAGUUAAUAUUCAAAUAAAACCAGAUAAUAAAAAGCUUCUACGUAAUUAUAAACCUAAUGUAGCCUACCAAGAGUUUGCUUUUGAAUUAGAACGGGAAACAUGCAAAUGCCAUUCAGUAGUUCAGCCAAAAAUUUCUAAUGAUAAAAUAGUUGCUCGUCACGAAAUACGCAAAAUUAUAUGUGGAAUGUUAGAUAACACGGCGUCAAACUAUCCUCUUAGCGAUCAAUUAAUUAGUCAAUUGCAGAAAAUAAUAACAAAGUUGGAAGAUACAAAAUCCUUUGAUUAUAACGAAUCAAGUGAAGUAGAAGAUCUUAUUGAAGAACACAGUAUGGUUGGUUUUAGUGAAGAAGUAAUCAAAAAAAGGUUAUUGGAAAUAGCUGAAAAUUUAGUAGAGAACGCCAGUGAUGGAAUUUCAUUUGAUCAAAUGUCUGUAGACAUUGAAAACAAUUCUCGUCAAGUGUUAAAACGACUAAGUAAAAUUAAAAACUCCAUCAUGGCAUUAAAUCCAAUGGUGGAAAUUCCAAAUUUACCUGUUAACAAUAAACUUGAUGAUGCAGCAAAAUAUGUUGAUGAAAGUCAUACAAAUCAUCAUCCUAGCAAUAUUUUGUCCCCAAAAAAUCAUCAUGAAAUAUCAUCAAACCGAUGUGUCAGUGUAAAAGACUUUUUGCGUCAUGGUUGUAAUUUCACAAGCUUGAAAAUGUUUAAAAAUGCAUCAGUUAUAAAGGAAUGUGGUUCUCAAAUAACAUUAUGCUCCAACAACGACAUUAAUCAAAAUCAAAAUAUAUUUAAUACUCAAAGUGCUUUGAACAAUCAGAACAAUAUAUCUCAACUAAAAGUAAAAAUGUGUACCAAUAAGCAUCAACUAAAAUUUCAAGAUCAGAGUACAUUAUUUGAAGAUUCUGUAUCAUCUCAACCUCGAUCAAGCCAUUCAAAUGCAAUAUUAAAACAUCAAUUGAAGGCAUCUGAUGAUGAAAAUCAAAAUAAUGACAAAAAUUAUGAUUAUGCGACUACGGCUAAUGGAUAUGAUUGUGAAGCUGAAAAUAGUUUGAAGAUAAAUUCAGGAAUAAAUAAUACAGUUUGUAAAACCAAUAAUAAAGACAUGAUAUUCAGAAAAAACGAUCAAUUAACUAAAUUUGAGAAGGAUAAAAACACCGAGAUGUUAGAGAUAAAUAAAAAUAUUGAACAUUUUCCAAUCAACGAUAUCAGUGAGGACUAUGGUGAUCUUAAAUCAAACAUACAAGAUUGGAAAUUAAGUUCUUUAUCAUCAUUGACAUCCAAUAAUUAUCAACACACAGACAAAGCACAAAUUAUAGACGAAAGAACACACAGUUCUGCUUCAACGACUUCUUCAAUGAUUUCAUUGAAACAGUCUACUCAAGAAGUUGAAAGUGAAGCUGAAAGUUUAACUAGUCUUGGAGAAGUUAACUAUUUUUCUAAAUGAUCCACAAUGUAUUCGUCUGCAGGAGAAGUUAAACAUAAAUAAAUAGUUUAAGUUGAUUUAAAUGUUCAAAGAAAUAUUAUGAUUUUUAUUUAAGUGUUAAGAGCAGGAUUUCCUUAUAAACAAUUAUUUGAAAUUGAUAGCUCCUUUAUUUCUAAUACAGUACCUAUCCUUUAGAAAUAUAUCUAUAGCAAUUUCAUAA